AUGACAGCCGACGAUCUCAAGAAGCUCGAGGCCGAGUUGAAGGAACGUGAGUCUCUCCUGCAGACUCGCCAGGAAGAACUUGAUCGUCGCGUCGCCGAGAUGGGCAAAGCUCCCGCAACCUCCCCAGCAGCCUCCACGCCCAGCCCUUCCACCUAUGCCACCUCCAUCAAACUUCAUGUACCCAUCACCCUCGACCUGACCGCCUCCAACUACACCAACUGGCGCGAGCUGUUCCUUGUCGCCCUUGGCCGCUAUGGCCUUACAGCUCAUGUCAUCGGCAAUGCCGGCACUACUCCCUCUGACACUUCGCCGGCUUCGGAUUGGGGCCGCGACAACUACACGGUUCUCUCUUGGAUCUAUGGCUCUAUCUCCAUCGACCUCUUCGGCAUCGUCAUGCGCCCCGGCUCCACCGCGCGCACGAUCUGGGACGCCAUCGAGAAUCUCUUCCGCGACAAUAAAAAGCACCGAGCAAUCCAGCUGGAAGCGGAGUUCAGGAACACCCCGCAAGGCGAUAUGACCGUCGGUGACUACUGCACAAAGCUCAAGUCCCUUGCUGAUUCUCUCGUGGAUGUUGGCCAGACGAUCAACGACGAAACACUCGUCCUCACCCUCCUGCGUGGCCUCAACGACAGUUUCGCCCACCUCCGCUCGUUUCUUCCGUUCCAGGUGCCCUUCCCCUCGUUCCUGCAGACCCGCUUGGCGUUGAUCCUUGAAGAGAGCCAGAAGAAAACUGAUGCCAAGAACGCGACAUCCACUGCCCUUUGGGCUAGCGGGAAUAGCAUCAUCCCGAGCGCUGGCGGUGGACGUGCUCCUCUCCCUAUCAGCUCCGGGGGCGUCGGCUCUGGAGGGCGCGGAACGGGCUCCACCUUCAACCGCGGCAGUGGUCGUGGACGUGGCGGACGCGGUGGACGUGGCCGCGGCCGCGACAAUCCGUGGCAGUUCGACCCAUGGACGGGUGCUCCGACGCGGGCAUAUCUUCAGCAACAACACACACAGGCUCCAUGGCAACAGCCCUCCUCUUCCUGGCAGUCACGUCUGUGGCAGGCUCCUGCUCCAGGUCUACUUGGUCCUCGCCCCAACACUGCUCCUCAAGCUUACACUGCGUACGGCCAUGCCAACAACAACUCCAACAUGCUGCAGUCACCUUCAUCAAGCUCGGCGGUCGACCCUACGCUUCUAGCAGCUCUCAACAACAUGCAGAUUCCCAGCACACAUGAGUGGUAUAUGGGCUCUGGUGCAUCCUCCCACAUGGCAUCAGACAUGGUAACUUCGACUCUCUAA